CCUUUAUCCAUCCGUUCGCCCGCUCCGAAUCCCCUUCACAUGUUCUCGAGACUUCCUUUCCUCUUCAUCAUAAGCGGAGAGCAGCCACCGUUGGUUACUCCUCUUCGAUCCUUCCAUCGCACCACCCACUUCCUCUCUCUCCUUCCCGAUGGCCGCCACCGUCCUCGAGUCGUUCGCGGUUACCCGUCCUCCUCAUGGCGUGGCUCCCGCGUCUGCGCCUAGGGCGGCGGCCGUGGCCUACGUUCCCUCGCCACUCGGCCGCUGCGGGUUGGGGCUGCUUCCCCGGUUCACGGGCCUCAGGUGCGCUUCCCUUUCCCCGAGCCCGAGGGUCAAGCCGGCUGCAGCGGCGCCGAGAUCGAGGGGAGCCGUGGUCUGUGAGGCACAGAAGACGGCAGUCCAGCUUCCAGAAGUGACAAAAUCGACAUGGCAAUCACUUGUACUAGACUCCAGUGUACCGGUUCUAAUUGACUUUUGGGCUCCAUGGUGUGGGCCAUGUAGAAUGAUUGAGCCAACCGUUGUCAAAUUGGCAAAAGCUUACGAAGGAAAGCUUAAGUGCUAUAAGCUCAACACUGAUGAAAGCCCUGACAUUGCAACUCAAUAUGGGAUUCGAAGCAUCCCAACUAUGAUGAUCUUCAAAAAUGGUGAGAAGAAAGAUGCUGUUAUUGGAGCUGUGCCAGAGAGUACCCUGGUCGCAUCUAUUGAAAAGUUUGUCUAGAGGUAAGUGUGCUCUCUUUAAGGAUCCGGACUUGUUUUAAGAAAUCAUUUUGGAGGUUAGAAAUUCUUGUGAAAUGUGAAUGAAUAUGUUUUGUGCAUGUAGCCUAGCUCUCUGUUGUACUGUGUAUAUAUUUUAUAUACUCUUUUUAAGUUAUAUAAUCUGGUGCUGUAAGAAUAAGAAGCACCGGUUGAAAUUUAAA